AUGCAAGCACCUCGUUCUGAUUUCACAAGAGCUAACUGCGCAGAUGAUAGAUGUUAUCCAGGAUUAACAGGUUGUAAACAUCACUGGGCACUCACAGGAAGUUGCAAUCCAGGUGCUCCAGAAACAGGAUGUCCAAUCUACUUCCUUUAUAACUGGCGCUGGAUCAAAUCACAUCUGUGGGAAGUUGGUGCUGUCACUUCUUCCAUCACAGUCUAUCAAUCCCUUUUCAGAUAUGGCGGAGGAGUCUAUUCAGGAUAUUGGAAACUAGAUGGUAAAACACAAAAUUCAGGCUGGGAAAAUAUUCUAGGCAUGCUUGAUGUUACGAUUAUUGGGUGGGGACAAACAAAAUUAAAUCUUUCCCUUAAUUCAGAUGAAAAUACACAAACACUUAACCGAUGGUGGUGGGUUAUUCCCCACUUUGGAGUUAACUUUGGGGUCGCUUAUGAUGCAUGUAAUGAACAAACAACAACAACAACAGGUACUAAAAAUAAUAAAGGAGAUUGCAGAAAGACGUAUGAAAAUAUUUUAGAUAAUAAAAAUGGUCAAAUAAAAAUCGAACCAUUGAAAGUUGUUGGCAGUGGCAAUGGAGAACAAAGCAGUACUAUCAAAGGAUUCAUGAAAUUCAAUCGAAGAUUCGAUGAUUGUAAUAUCGAAUCACAUGCAGUUGGUGCUGUUCCAUAUAACUUUGUUCCCCUUCCUCAUAGAACUCCUGAACCAACAGAAAAUCCGGAAGAUUAG